AUGCGACCCACAGUCAUAUCAGCCAUGUUGUCGGCAAUCAGCCUCGGCAUUACAGUGGUAGCUGCGCGUGAAUAGUUGGCCUCUGACUCUGGCUUUUUGUUGUGACGAGGCUGACGCUGCCAUCCCUCUUCACCCUCUUCUCCUACCAGACAACAUCUGUGCCGAGACGCUUGAUGAAGUCAAAGGCUGGGACGGUGAGAUUUGGGACUGAUGCAGCUAACAUGACCGUAGCUCACAUUUCCACGUGUCAGCCCCAAGCCUCGCUCACCCUUCCUGCUAUUUCCACUUCCCUUGCCGCCGCUAUUCCAAUUGCACAAAAAUCGUGGCAAGAUGCAUGCGCAAAACAGGCGCACGGUCGACCCAAGACUGCCAACAUGUCGGGUCCAGGUUUAAAAGGCCACAAAGUCGCUGGUACAAAGUGGCUGGACCUUACCGCGAGCUGCAUCAUCAAUGGGCAAGAAAUGUUCUUUGUAGUUGCCAGCAAUCUGCUGCCGCAAAUCAUCUGCCCGCCCACGCCUCCUUGA